AUGAAUUCUCGUAAGCGACCAAUCGUCUUCACCAUUCGACAUUUCCCACUUGGCUGUGGAACCCUCUCCAAUCCUGCUCCGUCGAAUCUUCCUCCGAGAUCCAUCAAGAAUCCAGGAAGUAGCAACGUUGAUUCAGCUCCUAAACCGAAACGAACUUGUCUCGAUCUUGGCUAUGUUGUUGUUGCAGCUCCCAGAACUAAAGGAACCUGGUUUCAACAAGACCCUGAUCAUGAUCAUGAUCAUCUUCUUGCAGCUCCUAAACCAAAAGGAAGAAGUUCUCUCAAACAAGAACCAAAGUUUGAAAACAUUAGUCAUGAUCAUCUUCAUCGUGGUCCUAGUGCUCGUGAGAAAGUGAUUGAGGCAUUGCAUGUUUUCAAACAAGUUUACAGGCAGCUGGAUCAAGAUAAGCAAGCAAGACGCGGUGGAGAUUUAUACGAGGCUACAGCGAGAAUAGACAUCAAGACACAAGCUGUGUUGGAGAGAAUGGGGAAACAAGUGAACACGGAGAAGAGAAUCGGACUUGUUCCCGGAAUCAAAGUCGGCGACGAGUUUCAGUAUAAAACAGAGCUUCGUCUUGUGGGGCUUCAUUUCAAGACCAUGUGCGGGAUCGAUUAUAUGAAAGUCGGAGAUGAGAAGCUUGCCACAAGCAUCGUUGCCUCAGAAGGAUAUGGUUAUGUUGAUGAGUUUGAUGACGGCGUUGUGGUUUACACAGGUGAAGGAGGUAACGUGAUAAGCAAGGAAAAGAAAACCGAAGAUCAGAAAUUGGUUAAGGGCAAUUUGGCUUUGGCCAAUAGUAUGAAACGUAAGGGUGUAGUGAGAGAGAUACGUGGCGAAGAGAGAUGGGACAAAAAGGGAAAGCGUUAUGUGUACGAUGGAUUGUAUUUGGUUGAAAAUUACUGGUUGGAGAGAGAAGCUAUAGGUAAGCUUGUCUACAAGUUCAAACUUUGUAGAAUUCCUGGUCAACCUCGUUGA